UUCCUUUUGCCAUCAUUUGCAGAUACCAAGCCAUUGCAGGCACCGCUGCCAGAAUGCAGUUGUCAACAGUGCAGUUGUGGCAACGUGAGACGCAUGGAGCGCACUCUCGGUGAACUGCAGAAACUUGCUAUCCAGCUUCAGAACAGAAACCUAAGGCUUGAAAACAAGCUUGAAAGGGUAGAGUCAAGACUUCUCACAGUAAAAAUACUGCGUGAUCCAAGCAAAUGCAUGCAUUACGUUGGACUUCCAAACAUUGGAGUUUUCCAAAGCUUACUGGACUACCUAAACCCCCUUGCUAGUGAAAUGGCAUACUGGGGUUCGAACCAGAAAGGCGGAAAGAACCUCCGUGGCCAUCGAAAAGAUAGUGAAUUGGAAAAUGAGUUCUUUAUGACAUUGCUUAGGCUGAGAAGAGGAAUAGGUGGUGUAGAGCUAGCACGCAACUUCCUAAUAUGUGAAAGCCAGGUUAGCCGCAUUUUCACCACAUGGGUGAAUCUGCUGCAACGAGAGCUAAAAAAACUUACUACGCUACCUUCUCGGGAAGCCUUGCAACCAUACCUGCCGAAGUCAUUUCGUGACUUUGCGGACACAAGAUUGGUUCUUGAUGCAACUGAAGUGAGAAUUCAGCGACCAUCGUCGCUAAGUGCCCAAAGGCAAACAUUUUCAGCAUACAAACAUUUCAACACAUACAAGGUGCUUGUGGGGUGCACUCCCGAUGGAUACAUAGCGUUUGUUUCCCGCCUUUGGGGUGGGUCAGUGUCAGACACGACGAUCCUGGAAAGCAGUGGAUUGCUCGACGAGUUAGUAGAAGGAGAUGCAGUCAUGGUGGACAAAGGUUUCACCUUCCCCUACAUACCACCUGGAGUGACUGUGUACCGACCACCAUUCCGUCAGCGUCAUGAAAAACAGAUGCCACCAGCUGCAGUCCAUGAAACGCGGUGCAUUGCCCGUGCAAGAGUCCAUGUCGAACGGGCUAUUGCACGCGUGAAAAGUUUUCGUCUACUUGACCGGCCAUUCCCAAUUUCCAUGAUUGAUAUUGCUGACCACGUGUUUCAAGUGUGCUGCUUCCUCAGCAAUUUUAGGAAUCCACUCAUAAAAGAUGAAGUGGCUGUAUAAGCACAUCUUAUUUUGUUAUAGCGCAAG